AUGAAAAAUUCUGUUUACUAUCUUAUAUUAUCACGUAUCUUUCCAUUUAAUUAUUCUAGUUUUUUGUAUGGUGGCACAGUUUGCUUGGCAGAAUAUGAUGCAAAAGUAAUUCUUGAUGUACUAAAAGCUACGGACGAACUUUGCAUACCUGAUCUAUCUGAGUAUAUUCAGAGUUAUCUUCUUACCCAUCCUUGGAGAUUAAUGUCACAUUUCAUUUUUGUUCAUCGAUUUGCUACCGAACAAGGUGAACGUUAUCCGAAAAUAAGAAAAUGUGUUAUUGAACUCAUUAAAGAAAAUCCUGCAACAAUAUUUGAUUCUAGCGAUUUUACCACAAUGGAUCAAAAUACUUUAUUAUCUUUUUUCAAAUGUCAACAUUUCUUUAUGAAACCUGUUGAAAUAUGGAAGAGGAUUGUCGAAUGGGGAAUUGAAAAUACACCUGGUUUACCAAAUCCAAAAACAAAAUGGGAAACGGAAAAUUAUGAUGCUUUGGGUGAAUCUUUAAAAUCCUUCAUUCCAUUGAUUAAAUUUGAUGAAAUGAAUUACGAUGAAUUUUUGAGAGAAGUACAACCUUGGCGAAAUACAUUGGAUUAUGUGGAUCAUGAACUAUAUGAAAAAGUAGACUCGUCUAUUCAAUUAGUUAGUUUUAAUAAUAGAUUAAAAACAAUUAAUAUUAAUUCAGUUCUUAUUACAACAUAUGACGCAGAAGUGAUUUCGAAGUGGAUUAAAGAUAUUUCUUCACUAUCAGACGACUAUAACCAUAAUUUUAAAUUAAUUUUGCGUGGAUCUCAAGAUGGUUUUACGCCUAAACAAUUUCAUGAUCAUUGUGAUGGGAUAGGUCCCACACUCACAAUCUUAAGAGAAAAGCACUCUGGUGAAAUACUUGGAGGGUAUAAUCCUUUAAAUUGGCACUCAAUGGUUGCUGGUAAUUUCAGUCCAACAAAUUCAAGUUUUAUUUUUUCGUUAGGUGAUAAAGUUUUUUGUUUCGAUCAAGUGUUGAGCAAAAUCGUUGAUCGAAAUAAAGCUAUUUAUCAAAAUGGAAACUAUGGUCCUUGCUUUGGUGGUGGUGAAUCGGAUUUAAGAUUAUUUGGAAAUAAUUUUAAUGAAGAUAUUCGCUGCCGUUGUGUUAGGACUAGUUAUCAAAAUAAAAUAAGAAAUAGUGAAGAUGAGUUUUGUAUUGACGAAUUUGAGGUGUUUCAAGUUCUUACAUCAAUGGAAGAUUAG